UAAAACUAUAAAGUCAAAGGGCUUUACUGCCUGUGCUUUCAUAAGUCAAUGGUAAAAAGCUUAAGCAAAAAUGCACCUGGCCAAUAAAAUCGACCACAUACACCACUCCUGGCUCUGACCUCUGAUGGCUCUGACUCUUAUAUCAGCGCUACUUAUUGAAAAAUGUCUGUUAUGAAACAAACUGUUCACUUACUGAGUGGAUACGAUAUGCCACUUGUUGGAAUUGGAACGUACAAAAUCAGAGGUUAUGAUACAAUUAAACGAGUCGUCGAUGUAAGUCUAGAAGCUGGUUUUCGGUCAAUUGAUACUGCUGUUGUAUAUGGAAACGAAGAAGACAUAGGUAAUGCUCUGCAAGAACUACUACUAAAGUAUAAUUUGAAGAGAGAAGAUAUUUUUUUAAUUAGUAAACUAGCUCCAUCUGAUAAUGGUAAUCCAGAAGCAAUACGUAAAUCUGUAGAAAACUCUUUGAGAGCUUUAAAAACAAAUUAUUUAGAUUUGUAUCUCAUACAUUGGCCUGGAGCUGGUAGAAUUUUAGAACAAUCACCAGAGAAUCCUAAGCGUAGAAUUGACACAUGGACAACUUUGGUGGAACUUAAACAGAAGGGCUUUCUAAAAUCAAUCGGUGUUUCUAAUUAUACUGUUAAGCAUUUGGAACAUUUGCUGGAAAACUGCAGUGGUGUCAUUCCAGAUGUCAAUCAAGUUGAAUGCCAUCCACAUUACAAACAAGAGGAGCUCAUCAAUGUUUGCAAUAAAAAAGGUAUUCAUGUUCAAGCUUAUUCUUCACUAGGAACUAGUAAUGUCACUACACUACUAGAAGAUCCUGUGGUAAAAGAAAUUUCUUCCGAAUUAAAUGUUUCACCUGCAAGAGUCUUAUUAAGAUGGGCAGUACAGCAGGGUUUAGGGAUCAUACCAAAAGCUAUUAAAAGUGAGCAUAUCAAAGAUAACAUCAAACUAGAUUUUGAAUUAAGCAAAGAUCAUAUAAAAAAAUUAUCGAAUUUACCUCAGAAUAAAUAUGCUUGGGAUCCAGAUAAUGUUGCUUAAACUAUU